CCAGGGUCCCGCCGGGCGCAGGCCCCGCCCCCAGGGCGCUUGGGGGCGGGGCGAGGCCCAGGUCCUGCCGCGGGCCGUGUCCGUUAGAGCGCGCGUCCGGCUGGUCGCUCCCUCGCGUUUCUGCCUCAGGUGCCCAGCCGAGGGCGCGCAGGCGCCGUGUGGGCCGGGCAGAGGGCCGGGCCGGGCCGGGCCGGCGGCGGGAGCCGGGCGAGCAGGUUGGUCGCCCUGCCGGAGGCGCUCCCGGAGCGGGCUCUGGCGCCGGGCCCGCCGCAGCAGCUCCGCUGCGGAGUUUCCAGGAAACUUCGGAUCCGCUGCAGAGCGCGGUUGCUGGGCAGCGUGCAGGAGACAGUAUGAACAGAGGAGCAGAUUAAACAACUCAUGAAAAAUGGAGUGAAAAAUGAAAUGGAAUGACUUGCUGAUGGUUUGCCGCCAGCUGAAUAUGGAGGAGUCUGUCGCUGAGAUCAUGCACCAGCUGGGAGCAGAUGAAAAUGGAAAAAUUUCCUUUCAGGAUUUUAGUCAGUGCCGCAUGCAACUGGUGCGAGAAAUCAGGAAGGAGGAAGUGGAGCUUUCUGUGAAAUCGGAUGACUCUUGUAAAAAGAAAAAUUUAAGGGAUAGGAUGGCUUCCUGGCCAACUAGCAGCGAUAACAGUUUAGGUGCCCUGUCAGGAGCCAGAGAAAGCUGGGAAUAUGAUUCAGGAGCAAGAGACCUUCAGAGUCCUGACCUCCAGAGUCACUUUACCCUACAAAAGCUGUUGGAAUAUGGUGGAAACAGUGUGAUUCAACAGGCUGCUUUGCAGAGACUUCUAUCUCAGGCCUCAAAUCUUAGCAACUCUGUUGGAGGAAGUUAUUUAGAACUUGCCAACACUCUCCAUUUAGCAGCCCUGGCAUCAUUAAAGGGAGACAUAGUGGAGCUGAAUAAACGUCUACAACAAACAGAAAGGGAGCGUGACCUGCUGGAAAAGAAGUUGGCAAAAGCACAGUGUGAACAAUCCCACCUAAUGAGAGAGCACGAAGACGUGCAGGAACGAACAACGCUACGCUACGAGGAACGAAUCACAGAGCUGCACAGUAUCAUUGCUGAGCUGAAUAAGAAGAUUGAUCGACUACAAGGAACAACAAUAAGGGAGGAAGAUGAGUAUUCGGAGCUGCGGUCAGAGCUCAGCCAAAGCCAGCAUGAGGUCAACGAUGACUCACGCAGCAUGGACCAGAAUUCUGUUUCGGUACCAGAGAAUCAGUCCACCAUGGUCACUGCAGACGUGGAUAACUGUAGUGACUUGAAUUCAGAACUGCAAAGAGUGCUGACAGGUCUGGAAAAUGUUGUCUGCGGGAGGAAGAAGAGCAGCUGCAGUUUAUCUGUAGCAGAAGUGGAUAGACAUAUUGAACAACUCACCACUGCCAGCGAACAUUGUGAUCUAGCCAUUAAGACAGUAGAAGAAAUUGAGGGUGUACUAGGACGGGAUCUUUAUCCAAAUCUAUCUGAAGAGAGAUCUCGAUGGGAAAAGGAGCUAGCUGGCCUGCGGGAAGAGAACGAGAGCCUCACUGCCAUGCUGUGUAGCAAAGAGGAAGAGCUGAACAGGACCAAGGCCACCAUGAAUGCUAUUCGUGAAGAAAGGGACAGAUUGCGCAGAAGGGUUCGGGAACUGCAAACACGUUUACAAAGCGUGCAGGCAACAGGUCCAUCCAGCCCAAGUCGCCUGACUUCUGCAAAUCGACCCAUUAACCCCAGUACUGGAGAACUGAGCACAAGCAGCAGUAGCAAUGACAUUCCCAUAGCCAAGAUUGCUGAAAGAGUGAAGUUGUCAAAGACAAGAUCAGAGUCUUCAUCGUCUGACAGACCUGUCCUAGGAUCAGAAAUCAGCAGCAUAGGAGUGUCUAGCAGUGUGGCUGAACACUUGGCACAUUCCCUCCAAGACUGCUCAAAUAUCCAAGAAAUCUUCCAAACUCUGUAUUCACAUGGAUCUGCUAUCUCUGAAAGUAAAAUCCGAGAGUUUGAAGUGGAGACAGAGAGAUUAAAUAGCCGUAUUGAACACUUGAAAUCCCAGAAUGACUUGUUGACAAUAACACUGGAGGAGUGCAAGAGCAAUGCUGAGCGGAUGAGCAUGCUUGUUGGGAAGUAUGAGUCCAAUGCCACAGCCCUCAGGCUUGCACUGCAAUACAGUGAACAGUGCAUAGAAGCAUAUGAGCUGCUGUUGGCAUUGGCAGAAAGCGAGCAGAGUCUCAUUCUUGGGCAAUUCAGAGCUGCAGGUGUUGGUUCUGUUGGGGACCAAACGGGUGAUGAAAACAUUACCCAGAUGCUUAAGAGAGCUCAUGACUGCAGGAAGACAGCUGAGAACGCAGCAAAAGCCUUGCUGAUGAAACUAGAUGGGAGCUGCGGGGGAGCCUAUGCAAUCACUGGCUGUAGCGUGCAGCCCUGGGAAAGCCUGUCGUCCAACAGCCACACGAGUACUACCAGCUCAACUGCAAGCAGUUGUGAUACAGAGUUUACAAAGGAGGAUGAGCAACGGUUGAAGGAUUAUAUACAGCAGUUGAAGAAUGACAGGGCAGCAGUGAAGCUAACAGUGCUGGAGCUGGAAAGCAUCCACAUUGAUCCCCUUAGUUAUGACGUUAAACCUCGUGGAGACAGCCAGAGGCUAGACCUGGAAAAUGCAGUCUUGAUGCAAGAGCUUAUGGCAAUGAAGGAGGAGAUGGCAGAGCUGAAGGCUCAGCUUUAUCUGCUAGAGAAAGAGAAGAAGGCGUUGGAAUUGAAACUGAGCACCCGAGAGGCCCAGGAACAGGCCUACCUUGUCCACAUCGAGCACUUGAAGUCUGAAGUGGAAGAGCAAAAAGAGCAGAGAAUGAGGUCUCUCAGCUCUACGAGCAGCGGCAGCAAAGACAAGUUGGGCAAGGAAUGCAGUGAUGGCACCGCAGCACCGUUAACGUUAGCUGAGCUGAGACCCUACAGCGAGAGUGAACUGACUGCCGAACUGACAAAUGCGCUCAGGCGGGAGAAGAAACUGAAAGCUAGAGUGCAGGAGUUAGUGAGUGCUUUGGAGAGACUCACAAAGAGCAGUGAAAUCAGGCAUCAGCAGUCUGCAGAAUUUGUUAAUGACCUUAAAAGGGCAAACAGUAACUUGGUAGCUGCUUAUGAAAAAGCAAAGAAAAAGCAUCAAAACAAGCUGAAGAAACUGGAGUCACAAAUGAUGGCCAUGGUGGAGAGACAUGAAACACAAGUAAGGAUGCUCAAACAAAGAAUAGCGUUGCUAGAAGAGGAGAACUCUAGACCGCACACCAAUGAAACGUCACUUUGAAUGCAUCUCUUCCAGCGAUGGUUAGUGCCAUUACAAAUUGGUUUCUUUUGGAGUCUGGUUUUUAGGUAGCUUCAAACUCUAAAAGCUCUGACCCUCAACACCAACAGUUUGUCACCAUCUCUAGGAUCACAGCUCUCCAGCCAGGAGCCGUGGGGAGAACCUAAGCAUUAAGCAAGGACUCUUUAACAAUGUAAACGGACAGUGCCUGAAUUACCACGUUAUGAGUACGUACGUCGUCUGCGUCGUUAGGUCUCUACUCAUACAAGUUCUCUUCCCUCUUAUGCCCCAAGGGCAACAGUGUCACAUAACAAAAUAAUACAUGUUAAGAGAUUUUAUUUGGGGCAGUUUGGAGAUAACUGGAGAGAGCUCCCAAUCCCCAAGCUCUCUCUGCACACACCUCUCUGUAUUGUACUCAAGCCUUGCUGCUUCUGUUGUAUCAACUAAAUAGGCAGAUGGGGGGUGGGGGGGUGGAAGUCUCCUUAAGGUAUCGGCUGGUUGGCUGUUUGUAUCGCACCUGCAGUGGUAUCGCACCUGCAGUGCUAUUGCUCACAGAGCAGAGAGAGUAGGAAAAACCGUUGUUUGGCAAAAAACAACAAACCCUGGGCAUCUCUGGAAACUAUGAUAAUGAUAUAUUGCUUAGUUUGUAAGAGGGCCAAAGGCUGUGAGUUUCACCAUGCCAGAUAGUCUGUGCCAAGGUUGGGUAAGAAAUUAUGGGAAAUCUCCUGAAAUUGCAUGUUGUAUGCAAUUAUUUUCUGAGACAGCUGGAUUUUCCUAUUAAUACAUUAUAGCCGAGGUUUUCUUUAAGAGGCUGGGCCAUCUUUAUCAUGUGUAUAGUUUUAUUACAGCUUUCUAUGAUCAAGAGGUAGAAUGUCUUUUUUUAUACUUUUGACCAAAAAAGGUACUUAUUUAUUAGGAAUGUACCUGUUCAAUAUUAAAUACAUAUGCACAAAACUAUAGAUGUGUAUAUGUAUGGAUGUACAACCACAAACAGAAUGUGAAUGGUUAUGUCUUCAUAUAGCUUCUUAGGCUAACUUUUGUUCCUGUUAACAUUCUUUUCUUUUGUUUAAGUCACAUCAUCCUAAUAUAUUAUCCAAGUAAAUGAAUUGAAAAUUUUGGCCUAUACUAGUAACGUAGGCUGAGCAAAGCAUGGAGAUGAGAUUGAUGUCUCUAGGCAGCAAAAAAUGGGAGUAUGACAUAAGAACAGUUUCAUAUACAAAUUUCUUGUUUUCAACAUAGCCAUGACCAAGCACAUCAAACACAACUGCCAGUUUGGCAUUGUUAAAACAAGCAGGGAGCCCAGUAACUUUGUUCAGCUGCCAGUGUGUUAUCUCCUUCCUUUGUAUUUUUCAAGCUUUGUUUUCUCCAGGAAAUCCAAUUUCAGGAGUCAGCUAUCCUUUCCGUUCACGAUAUGCCUUGUUUUACAUUGGGCUGCACCUCAAGUUUGAUUAGUGUGUUUAGAGUGAUGAGAAAUUCUUUCAUUUGUUACUGUAAUUUCUAGUACUAAAGAAAUAUUUGUAAGAGGACUUGAACUGGUUUUGUCUAGUCUUGGGUUAGGCCAGGCAGCCAAAGAAGUUCUCGGACUUAGUGUUCAAAAUAUGCUGUUAUUGUUAAGUCUUGGUUACAACUGAAACUCUUACCGUUGGUGCUCAGGCCAUCUCUCUUAUUACUGUAGCAGCUGUUUUCUUCUUUCCUUACAGUAUAAUUUGAUACUUCUCUACAGUCUGAUACAUCCAGCUGCAAAGUCAACAUCAUAAGUGGUUGACAAUGCUGAUUUCCAAAUUAAGGUGUAGGUGGUGUGAUGCCUUCGGGUUGGUUUUGGUCAGUCCCCUUCAUUAAGAUAAUUGCACAAUUCCCCCUUAAUUCUAAAAUGCAAAUGGAAAUUUUUGCAAAUCAGCCUGUUGAGGCAAUAGCUACAUAGAUUUCUUACUGUCUUUAUGGUUUUGCUAAGUAUCCAUUAUGUUUCUUUUUUUUGGCCAACAUGCAAUGUGUAUUUUGCCAUAUGUGUACUUUAGUAUUAGCUGAGCACACUUGUUUCUGAGGAAACAUGAGGAAAAUAAUCCACUGAAUACUCUGGUAAAAAUGCAAUUACAGUUGCAUUGUAUCUGAAACAAGUAACUGGGGGUCAUCUUAAACUAUCAAUGUGAAAUACCUUUCACCUAAGGUAGCUAGUAACCAUUGUUGCACUGGAUUUCCUCUUUGGCUCCAUUUUUUAAAAUUUGUUAGUAGCUAAAGAAAUUGUUAAGCCAGUUAGGCUUGAGGCAUUUGAAUUGAAAUGCAUCCUUAUAGGCAAGAUUGUAUGUUAAGAAAGUGUGAAAUGCACCUGGAUUUAAAAAUAUAAAGCUGCACUCUCCUUCAGUGGGCCUUAAAUAGUUUAUACAGAGUCAGCAAAUCAUUGCCUAAGUGCUGUUUACUACAUUUACUGCACAUCUCCCUGGCCAACUGCGCUCCGAGAGUGUUUUAGAAUAAAUCAUGUCGUCAUUAAAAGGUAAGUCACUCACUCUCCCUUUCUUCCCAUGGGGCUUAUAGAUAGAACAGCUAGACUGGUAUCAGGCAGCCUCUGCAGUAGCUUACCCUUUGCCAAACCAGUAAGGCAGCUUGCCUAAGCAAGUAGCUACUGCUUCAUUUGUUGGCACACUGGAAAAGGCUGGUAAGAAAACACUGAAAGGUUUACUGGUGUUGUUUCACAUUUUAACAAUUAGCUGCAGCUCCAGUGUAGCUGCUAGAAUGGCACUAAUCCUGAGAGUAACUGCUAAAAACCUAAUUCCUUUUAUGCAAGUUUGAAACACCAGCCUAUAGACAAGUGUGCAUUUUAACUUUACAGUUGAUGCAAGUCAUCUCAAAUCACUGCAACCUAGCUCACUUAACACUUGUUGCAGAAAUAGUACAUUUACAAAGCAGGAAAAAUAGUUGUUCACUCAUUAAUUAAUCUUAGUUUGUAUUUUAUUUUUUGAUUUUAAAUUGCCAGAGUGCAUGAGAUUUCAUAUUUUGCAUUGCGUUCAGAAAAAACAUGUACUUUUUCUAAUUCAGUGUAUAAAUCUUCACCAGCUUGAAUGUACUGUUAGCUAUUACAAAGCACAUGUGACUAAGUUUGCAUUAAUGUCAGUAUUGUUCUACCAUUUUUAUUAGGAGUUUCUCAUUUAAAAACUCAUUUAAUACUGUACUAUAUGUUGUAAGUUUAGAAACUUUUCAGCUUACUGAAUUAGCUUUAAAUGUGUUGCUGCUUUUUAGUUUCCUAGCUGCUGUAAAAUAGCUAUUUUGUGUUUAUUUGAUAUAGAAUUGUAAAAACUGCAUUUAUUUAUACAGAGACAUUUAUAAUACUUUUAUUUUACAAAUGUUCUUAUAUUCUGAAUAAAUUUCUAAUGCUG